UUCUUAAUUAUAUUCCUUUUUAUUUCUUUCUCUUCGUUAUAUACCUCGCGACUCUUUGAGUUUUCUCGUCACUUUUUCUUGUUCCUUUUUAGGCUCAUCGUAUCUCUCACCUGGUUAUCCCAAGACUAAGCAUAUCCUGCGGACUUCGUAAGUCACUCUUGUGAAAAUGGAGAUGAUAACUAAUGUUACAGAGUAUGAAGCAAUUGCAAAGGAAAAAUUGCCAAAGAUGGUUUAUGACUACUAUGCAUCAGGGGCAGAGGAUCAGUGGACUUUGAAAGAGAAUCGAAAUGCAUUCGCAAGGAUUCUAUUCCGGCCACGUAUUCUUGUUGAUGUAAGCAGGAUAGACUUGACUGCAACUAUAUUGGGCUUCAAAGUUUCAAUGCCUAUCAUGAUUGCUCCGACAGCCAUGCAGAAGAUGGCUCACCCUGAAGGUAUGUGAUCAGACUCAUUGGUGUUC